GUCUUCGACUUCGUUGUGGUCUUCCCCAAUCCCUACAGCAAUUCGGUCAUUCCUGCUUGUGUGUUUCGCCUUUUUAUCUCGUCUACUGCCAAAAAUCCGGAAUAUUGCCUUAAUCAAUCCCUGCACAAAAAACACAGAGAGUAUGAUCAAUGUUCUACACUUUAAAUUGAAAUCACUUUAUUGAGAUCUCCUUUUUCUUUUCUUCUCUUUCAUAUGGAAAUGGCUUCAAUUUCUUCGAGUCCUCGUACAGUAGAAGAGAUCUUUAAAGAUUACAGCGGUCGUCGUGGCGGGAUAGUUCGUGCUUUAACUCAUGAUGUUGACGAAUUCUAUGGCAUUUGCGAUCCAGAAAAAGAUAACUUGUGUCUGUAUGGACAUCCGAAUAAAAAUUGGGAAGUGAGUCUUCCAGCGGAGGAAGUUCCACCAGAGCUCCCUGAACCUGCACUCGGAAUAAACUUUGCAAGAGAUGGAAUGAACAGGAAAGAUUGGCUCUCACUUGUUGCUGUUCACAGUGAUUGUUGGUUGCUAUCUGUUUCUUUCUAUCUUGGAGCAAGGCUAAAUCAAAAUGAAAGGAAGCGUCUGUUUAGCUUGAUUAAUGAUCUGCCAACUGUCUUCGAAGUUGUAACAGAAAAGAAACCUGUAAAAGACAUGGUGCAUGGUGCAGAUGGUGGAAGCAAAUCUAAAAGUGGCACAAAGAGAUCAAGUGAUGGACAGGUUAAAACUGUUGCAAAGGUAGCAGCAGUAGAAGAGAAUUACGAGGAUGAUGAUGAUGAUGAUGAUGAUGAUGAUGAUAAUGAUGAUGAAGAAGAACAUGGGGACACACAGUGUGGGAGCUGUGGUGGAAACUACAAUGGAGAUGAGUUUUUGGAUCGGGUGUGACAUAUGUGAAAGAUGGUAUCAUGGCAAAUGUGUAAAAAUAACACCUGCCAAGGCCGAAACCAUAAAGCAAUACAAAUGCCCGUAUUGCGUUAUGAAACGAGCCAAACCCUAGUACUACUCUUAUCCACCCAAAAGUCACUCCUAGGUUUCUAACUCUUUUUCUUAUUGUUGUAAAAGAUUGUUUUAUAAUGAACUUAAAACCUUUUGAUUUAUAAAGUGAGAUUAUUCGUUGACUGUUA